AGUCAGUCACAAGUGGGUUUUCAGCCAGGAAAGGCGAACGACCGGAAUUUUAUAAAAUGUUAUCGCUGGACGUUCUGCUCCUGUGCGCAAUCUCAGGGUUCCAAUUGCUAAUCUCUGCAGAUGGAGAUCCCAUGAUUGAGGUCUUCAAGUGGAAGCAGUUGGACUUUUACAAUCGCGGCGAUGGCUAUAAGGAUUUGUGGAACAGGAUCUGCAUUCCAGAUUCGCAUUUCUACAACUCCCGCAAGUGCUUAGGCUCCUCAUCCUCAGGAUCCUUCAUCCAAUACAACAACGUGCCCCAAGGAGUAACCCACUUUCGAGGACGCCUCUUUGUCACCGUGCCACGGCGACAGCCGGGCAUUCCGUCCACCUUAAACUACAUCGAUCUGGCCAAGGAUGGGUGGAGUCAGAGUCCCCAUCUACGGGCCUAUCCCAACUUGGCGGUGAAUCAGUAUAAUGCGAGCGAGCAGAACCUAGUGUCUGUCUAUAGAACCUCAGUGGAUGUCUGUGGGCGUCUCUGGUUCGUCGACACCGGAAUGCUGGAGUUUCCCAAUAAUCGCCAGCAGAUUCGACAUCCUAGCAUUUGGGUGAUCGAUUUGGCUAACGAUCGCUUAUUGAAACGAUUUGAGAUUCCGCAGAGCAUAGUGGAGAUCGGACGUGGACUAGCCAGCAUCACAAUCGAUGUGGGCGCUCGGAGGUGCAACGAUGCCUAUGCCUACAUUCCGGAUUUGGUCAAUCGCAGACUGCACGUCUAUCACCUGCGAAGCGAUAGAAUUUGGUCCUUCGAGCACAGCUUCUUUAACUUUGAUCCCCUUUCUGAUAAUCUCAACAUUGGUGGGCAGACCUUCCGCUGGGACGACGGGAUUUUCUCGGCGACCUUGGGAUCAUAUAAGCCCGAUGGCAGCAGGGAUGUCUUCUUCCAUCCUAUGGCCAGCACGAAUGAGUUUGUGGUUAGCAACAGGGUCUUGCAGCAGGAAUUCAAUGCAGCACGUUCUGAUCAUGGAGACGACUUCCAUCUUCUGGGAACUCGUGGUCCGUCCACCCAGUCCACAAUGCAUAAAUACGAUCCGCGGACCGGGGUGAUUUUCUUUGCCGAGGUCCAGAAGAGUGGAGUGGGCUGCUGGAAAACCAGCAAGCCGUUCUCAACGGAAAACCAUGGCUCCGUUUAUUCCAAUUCAUCGGAGAUGAUUUAUCCCAGCGAUUUGACCAUCGACGAGGAGGGAUACAUUUGGGUGAUGUCCAACUCCAUGCCCAUCUUUGUGUACUCCAAGCUGGAUGUGGAGAAGUACAAUUUCCGAAUCUGGAGGCAGUCGACAUUGCUGGCCAAGAGGGGAACAGUUUGUGAGUGAUUUGCGUGGAAUUGCUUUAAUGAAUUUUUCGCAUAAGUAAUAUGUUUAUCGAAAUAACACACGGAAACUUAUUAAUAAAAUAAAUCAAAAAGC